UGUUUGAACAGGAAGGCGGACAUGUUGGCCAGGCUGUGGGAGAAAAUCGGGCAUCGUCUGCGAUUGUUUUCCGACAACUAACACACCGCAAACCAGAUUAAUAAGUAAUCAAUCUGAGAGAUAAAGCAUUUUGGACGGGAAACAGCCGACGGUCAAUGACAGUGCACGGGAUGCAGCGGAUGGGCAGCCGUUAAACGUUGUAGCGACUCCGUGUUUAAACUGAUCGAAAUUUGGAAGAAGCAGAAGUUUUUUUCCCACCACUUCUACUUUUGAGCUGUCAGAUUCGUUUGCCGUUUUCUGCAAGGGGCCUGGCACAGAUAUGGGAACGGGCCUGGACUAGCUUUCCCACAAACUGUGUUUUUCAAAGAGACACUGCAUUUACGUUUUAACUCCCUUUUGUUUGGAUGCACCAACAUUUUAAGCUCUUCUCCUCAGUGGCAUCCUACGGAGGCUGACUAAUCUGUCGCCGCAUUUAUCUUUGCCACUGAAGUUGUUUGCUAUUCAUACUGGGAAAAAUAUCCUUCGACUCUGAAAAUGUGGCUUUUGCAUGUUCAGUGCAGCCGUAAAGCCUUCAUUGUCUGCGAAAGCUCGAGGAGAACGAUGUAUUUUCUUUGAAGUGCGGCGUAAAGUUCUCACGAAGAAAGGAACAUUUGGCUAGCUAGCUACCGCUGGCUGCUAAAGCUAGCUAGCCAGCCUUCUGCCUCGCCAGUGAGCUGUUUUUGUUCAUAACCCAACGUCGGGACUGAGUUUAACAGCAAGAUGUCUGCUGGGGAAAGUAUGGAGGCUCGAUUUGAAAAAAUCGAUGCCAUGUUGAAGGACCCAAAGUCAGAAAUAAACACGGAUUGUCUACUGGAUGGCUUGGAUGCACUGGUAUAUGACCUUGACUUCCCUGCCCUGAGGAAAAACAAGAGCAUUGACAACUUCUUGAAUAGAUACAAAGAGACCAUUAGUAAAAUCCGGGAUCUACGGAUGAAAGCAGAGGACUAUGAGGUUGUUAAAGUUAUUGGGAGGGGUGCAUUUGGAGAGGUGCAGUUGGUAAGACACAAAGCCACAAGCAAAGUAUAUGCCAUGAAGCUGCUGAGCAAGUUUGAGAUGAUCAAGAGAUCAGACUCUGCUUUCUUCUGGGAGGAGAGGGACAUCAUGGCUUUUGCCAACAGUUCAUGGGUGGUGCAGCUCUUUUUUGCUUUCCAAGACGACCGCUACCUCUACAUGGUGAUGGAAUACAUGCCUGGUGGCGACUUGGUGAACUUGAUGAGCAACUAUGACGUCCCAGAGAAGUGGGCCCGCUUUUACACAGCGGAGGUGGUCCUGGCACUGGAUGGAAUCCACUCCAUGGGCUUCAUUCACAGGGAUGUGAAGCCUGAUAACAUGUUGCUAGACAAAGCAGGUCACCUAAAACUCGCAGACUUUGGGACCUGCAUGAAAAUGAACAAGGAUGGAAUGGUACGAUGCGACACAGCAGUGGGAACUCCUGACUACAUUUCGCCUGAGGUACUGAAAUCCCAAGGAGGAGAUGGCUACUAUGGCAGAGAGUGUGACUGGUGGUCAGUGGGCGUGUUCCUGUAUGAAAUGCUAGUCGGCGAUACUCCUUUCUAUGCAGACUCGCUGGUCGGGACCUACAGUAAAAUUAUGAACCACAAGAAUGCCCUGACCUUCCCCGAUGACAGCGACAUCUCCAAUGAUGCCAAGAAUCUCAUCUGUGCUUUUCUGACUGACAGGGAAGUUCGACUUGGCCGCAAUGGUGUAGAUGAGAUCAAGAGACAUCCUUUCUUCAAAAAUGACCAGUGGACAUGGGAGAAUAUCAGAGAGACGGCUGCACCUGUAGUGCCUGAACUGAGCAGUGACAUUGACACCAGUAACUUUGAUGACAUCGAAGAGGAUCGGGGAGAAGAGGAGACCUUUCCCAUACCAAAGGCCUUUGUGGGCAACCAGCUCCCCUUUGUAGGCUUCACCUAUUACAGCAAUCAACAUCCUUUGCGCAGCUCCACUGCCACAAAGACCAGUGACAAACGUAGCAGCUCCACAAAAGAAGACAAGAGUCAUUUGGAGAACCUGCAAAAACGCAUCUACCAGCUAGAGGAGCAGCUCCACAGUGAAAUGCAACUGAAGGAUGAGUUGGAGCAGAAAUGCAGGACAUCAAACACCAAGAUUGAAAAGAUCAUGAAAGAACUGGAUGAAGAGGCAAACCUGAGGAAGAGUGCAGAAGCCAGCGUGUCUCUGCUGGAGAAGGACAAGAUCAUGCUGCAGCACAGAUUCACAGAGUACCAAAGAAAAGCUGACCAGGAGGCAGAGAAGAGGCGCAAUUUGGAGAAUGAGGUGUCAACUUUGAAGGAGCAGCUUGAAGACAUGAAGAAGAUCAGUCAGAACUCUCAGGCCUCAAAUGACAAAAUUGCCCAGCUGCAGAGUCAGCUUGAAGAGGCAAACGACUUGCUACGCGCAGAGUCGGACACAGCAGCAAGACUGAGGAAGAGCCACACAGAGGUGGCGAAGUCAAUGAGCCAGUUGGAGAGUUUGAACCGUGAUCUGCAGGAAAGGAGCCGUGCAGCAGAUGGAGAGAAGGCACAGCUGGAGAAGGAGGUCCUGCUUCUUCAGAGCACCCUGGACUCAGAACGGAGGAACUACAGUCAGGGUUCAGAGGAGAUCAGAGAGCUGCAAGCGAGAAUGGCAGGGCUGCAAGAAGACAACAAAAACUUGAAGCUCAGCCUCUCCAAAGUGGAGACAGAGCGCAAACAGGCCCAGGAAAGGAGCAAUAAUCUGGAGAAGGAAAAGAACAACCUGGAGAUAGACCUGAACUAUAAGCUGAAGACCUUGCAGCAACGUCUGGAGCAGGAACACACUGAGCACAGGGUGACACGGGCACAGCUCACUGACAAAUACGAGUCUAUCGAAGAAGCCAAAUCAGCUGCCAUGACUGCUGUUCAGCAGAAGAUGUCCGAGGAGAAUGGAGCGAGGAUGAGAGCGGAGAGCCGGGUCGUCGAGGUUGAGAAGCAGUGUUCAAUGUUGGAGUUUGAUCUCAAGCAGUCUGUGCAGAAAAUGGAGCAGCUGAUGAAGCAAAAGGAAAGGCUGGAAGAUGAGGUGAAGAUUCUGCGGAUACAGGUAGAACAAGAGUCAAGCAAGCGUGGCUUGACUCAGAACGAGCUGAAGAGCCGCAUGCAGGAGGUCGACCGUCUGAGAUGUUCAGAGAAGCAGCUCAAGCAGGAGAUCAACACAGCACUAGAGAGUAAACGCUCACUGGAGUUCCAGCUGGCGCAGCUGACCAAACAAUAUAGAGGCAACGAGGGACAGAUGAGGGAACUUCAGGACCAGCUUGAGGCCGAACAGUAUUUUUCUACGCUUUACAAAACUCAGGUCAAGGAACUAAAAGAGGAGAUUGAGGAAAGGAACCGGCAGGUACAAGAGGCUCAUAAAAGGAUGCAGGAUUUGAGCAGUGAAAGGGACUCCCUGUCUGCCCAGUUGGAUCUGACCGUGACCAAGGCCGAGUCAGAACAGCUUGCUCGGGCACUUCAGGAGGAGCAGUACUUUGAGCUCAGCCAGGAGAACAAGAAAGCAGUGACUCGACAUAAGCAGGAGAUUGGUGAAAAAGAGUCUACUAUUACGCGGCUUGAGGAAUCCAAUAAAACUCUGACCAAAGAUGUGGAGAACCUCAGCAAAGAGAAGACUGAGCUAAAUGAGAAGCUCCGGACUCAGGAGGAAGAGUAUGCAGCUCAGAAGGAAGAGAUUGCAAAUACAAUCAAGGCGAACUAUGAGAAGGUUCUCAACACAGAGCGCACACUGAAGACUCAGGCGGUGAACAAGCUGGCAGAAAUCAUGAAUCGCAAAGACAUGAAGCUGGACCAGAAGAAGAAGGGCAGCACAGCUGAUCUGCGGAAGAAGGAGAAGGAGAACCGCAAGCUUCAACUGGAGCUUAAUCAGGAGAAGGAGAAGUUUAACCACAUGGCCAUCAAAUACCAGAAGGAACUGAGCGAGAUGCAGGCGCAACUGUCUGAGGAAUGCACAUAUCGCAAUGAGCUCCAGAUGCAGCUGGACAGCAAGGAAAGUGACAUUGAACAGCUCCGGGAGAAACUCAAUGACUUGCAACAGCGAAUGGAUAACUCUAGCGUCACCAGCUUGCAGACAGAUGAGACGGACAGUAAUAUCGCAGAGUCCCGAUUGGAGGGUUGGCUGUCCAUUCCUAAUCGUGCUAAUAUCAAGCGAUAUGGAUGGAAGAAGCAGUAUGUAGUGGUGAGCAGUAAGAAGAUUCUGUUCUACAAUGAUGAACAGGAUAAGGAACAGUCGAACCCCUCAAUGGUACUAGAUAUUGACAAACUGUUUCAUGUGAGACCAGUCACACAAGGAGACGUGUACCGAGCUGAGACAGAAGAGAUACCCAGGAUAUUCCAGAUUUUAUAUGCCAACGAGGGAGAGUGCAGGAAGGAGGCGGAGAUGGAGACGGUCCCUCAGGGCGACAAGACCAACUGUCUCCCACACAAAGGCCACGAGUUCAUCCCCACGCUAUAUCACUUCCCUUCCAACUGUGAGGCCUGCGCCAAGCCUUUGUGGCACGUCUUCAAGCCACCUCCAGCGCUGGAGUGUCGCCGGUGCCAUGUGAAGUGCCACAAGGACCACCUUGACAAAAAGGAGGAUGUUAUUCCUCCUUGCAAAGUAAACUACGACGUGACCUCCGCCCGGGACAUGCUCCUGCUGGCCCUGACCCAAGAUGAGCAGAAGAAAUGGAUUGGCCACCUUGGAAAGAAGAUUCCUAAGACCCCACCAUCAACAUUUUCAAGAGCCUCACCUCGUUCUAUGUCCACUCGCUCUGGGCCCAACCAGUCCUUCCGCAAGAACCCUAAAAGCAAUACAGGAAAGCUGAGCAGAGCGCAGUCCAGCCUCCAAGCAGCAGACACAACAUCCAGCACUUGUUGACAGGAACUUCUUCAGAAAAUCUUGAUGUGUUUUUUUAGACUUUUCUCUACGACUUUAAACCUGUCUAUUUAUUAAUUGUGUUACUGGGUGUUUCUAACACGAGAGACACGUCCUGGUUGGUUGGUUGACUCCUGGGCUCUAUCCAUUUGACACUUGGGAUUUUCUAAUUGGCACUAAUGUGUUAUUGGGUUCAGUAACUAACUUCAUCGACUUACUUUGCAAGUCUCAUUAGAGUGGUCCACAUUAAGGAUCUCGACAUUACCUAUCAAAGCAAAGCUGUUUGUGGUGUUAAAAUGUCUGUAAGCCAGCUUUUCUGUUGUAUGUGUCAGGGUGGGUUACUAACCAAAGUAAAGAUGUUGCCUUUCUUUUACUGGACACCUAUCUUUGUUCUUUCUUUCAGCUAACCAUCUGAAGCGUUGGGAUUUUUUCUGGACUCUAAACUUUCCCUCCUUCCUCAUCCUCAAAAAUGGAAAACCUGUAUUACAUAGAAAUUUCAUUAAAAACACAAAAAUGUAUAUUGAUAAUUAACCAGCGCUGGAAAAAUGCAACACACGUCAGAUAAAAGGCAUCGUGGACAUUGAAAAACCUGAUAUCCGUCUGCAUUUCCACAUUCAAGAGAAAUUCAUCAACCAACUCGACAAACUCGCAGCUCUCCAUUUCUACCAGAAGAUGGCACACUCUUCUUGAACUAAAGAUGGACAACAGAGAGAUGGAGGGACUCAUGUCAUGUAGACAUUCUGUGCUUCAUAUCAUAUGACAGUUGUAAUGAAAACUGGAAGGUAAAAGGGGGUUUUGCUGGGACUCCUGCAAGUAUGUGUUCAGUUUAAGGUACUGUCAUACAGGGAUUGCAGAUCUGCAGUGAAAGGUUGACUCAGGGGCGGAAAAUGAGUAUCUAUUUAGUAAUUUCUUUGCCCACCUGACAGAUACGUGAGCUAAAUGCAAGAAUACUUUGUUUCCAGCUUAAAAAAAAUGACUGAUGCCUUCAUCUAAUGUCUCUGGCCUUUUUGCCUUUUAUUAUCACUCUGCAAGUCAGUUAUCAGGUUUGGGACAGCGUAUUGGGACACGAGUAUUAGAUGUUUUGAGUAUUGAGUGAGGAGCAUGCAAGAUCAUCAUUUAAAUCUAUGCAUUAUUUUUAUUAUAAUUAUUUUUAUUGCUCCAAGCCAUAAGGAAAGUUCCAUUGUAAUGGCAUAUAGGAGUCCUAAAACUUAAUGAAUUUUUUUCUGUUUAUUUGGUACAUUGUCUCUGUAAUAUUUUUUCUUGUAUUUUUUUUUCUUUUUUGUAAUGUAUUGCCUUACAUUGAUUCAUAGAUAAAUGGUUCAAAAGGAAAACAUUAAGUUAACAAAUGUAAAACUGCACUGUUUGACUUGACUGUAAAUUAUUUGUAGAAGACUAAACAGGUGUAGCAUUUGGCCCACCUAGUGCCUUAACGUUUGGAUAUUGAUUUUACUGCCAUAUCUGUUGUUUUUUUUCCCAAAACAAGACAAAUCUUAACUCUUCCAUCAUUUAUUUUUUAAGAAUUUGCCACACAUUUGUGGUUUUAUCAGAACUUACUUUCUCUGGUUUGAGUAUACAAAAUAUAUAUAUUAGAUUACCUCUUUAUGGACACAUUGCAAUAGAGUUUGUGUCAACACAAAGGCCCCAGACUUUAGAUCAUAUCAUAUGACAAAUUUCAGGAGGAUGUCCCUAAAGCGAGCCUACCUGUGUCAAUGAUUGUGCUUGUUAACAAAUACAAGUUGUUUCUCUAACAUGGUAAUGUCCCGUUAAUGCAAACCCCCCCAGUGUAAAUAAUGAGAGAGACAUAAGGAUUAUGGAAUACCUCCGCAGUCUUUUUAUUUGUAACUUUUUUGUUCAGUUAAAAAAAAGCACUGGAACUAUGAUCUACUCUUGUCUUGGAUAAUUUGCAUGGUUAAAUUGCAUUGGAGUCCGCACUGAUGGAUAUGUCAAUAAACAUAUCUUUAUCAUUCAA